UCUAUUGGUCUUCUUCUUUUUUGUCGUUUCACUCUUGUCAGAACUUUGUAGUCAAUAUUUAAUAUUGUUGUUGGCAGACGAAGCAAGCCUAACGACUUUUCGGCAUUGGCCUUAUUUUGCAGUGGCUCUGGCUCAUUAAUACAGUGGAGCACAUAAUAAGUUACAGUGGUAGAGCCCAUUUCCGCGAUGUAAUGACAUUUUCCGGUCCGAAAGGUAGGCAUUUUUAAUGCAUAGAAAACUUUGACCUCACCUCUCCAUAUAGACGGUGUAAAUUAAUCUACGCUACGCAAUUUUAUUGAUGUGAGCUCUGCUCAAUUCAUGUUGUUGUGCUCAUAAUAUAGAACGAUUUACUAUGAGCGUUACCUACCUGAAAACAAUAAAAAAGUAAGAACUAACAAAAUCCAAUAACUCCUAACGUAUUUUUGAUUUACUCGUUGCUAGUGAUCAGUGACUCUGACUGCACUAUUAAACUGUUAUGUAUUAAACAUCACAAUUUAUUUUGGCAAAACCUUUUUUUAACGCUGGGGAAUCCGUUUACGAAUACCCGGUUGAGAGGGAUUUUGGCAAAACCUAAGAAUAAGUUAAGGUUGGUGGUAUGUGUAAAUAAUUCCUUUACAAAUAAUCUGCAGCAGAAACAAGUGACUACUAUCACUUUUCAACUCAUCUGUAGCUGCAGGAAGGAAAGUAAACGUUAACCGAGACCGUUUCUCAUUACAGAGGGAAUGUUACAUAUAAAAGCGAGUAAAUACACUUUACUUUCGACAGUUUUUUGACUGCAUCGUCGCUGUACACUCGCCUACAAUGAUUUUUAUGAAAUUAAUGGUUCUGUUAUGUUACAUAUGGUGCGCUUUCGCAUCUCAUCAUUCACAUACUAUCCCUGUGGAAGGUUAUGAGACAGAACUACAAGAUCUUGGACAACAUGUUGAAAUACCAGAAACGCCUGUGAAAGUGAUCAAAAUUACAAAGACAAUUGCUGUUAAAAUUCCAGUGCCUUAUCCAGUGAAAAUAAAGGAAAGGGUGCCUUAUCCAGUGCACGUCGCUAAACCAUACCCCGUUCCUGUACCGCAAAUUAUUAAAGUUCCACAUAUUGUAACACCGGGGAAUGGACAUAACAGUCAUGAAGCAACAGAAGACGGUGUACAAAAUAAUUCCUAUAAUGUUCAGGAAAAUCAUGAACCAUCUGAUGGUGGGCAGUCGUAUAGGCCUACGUCAAAUAUUCACUCCUUUGAAGGCAGCCCCAGUUAUAGUCAAGAUGCAGCCCAAUUUAGUGAAGAAUAUGCAGGGACGCCGUCUGGGUAUAACGCUCCAACAUAUAGCAAUUACGGUAAUUCUGGAAACGGUGAUAAUACUUUUGAACAUAACCAAUACGAACAACUGAGAGACUUCCUCCCUCACAAUCAAGGCGCCGCACAUUCGGACGGAGGAAAUAGUUAUUACCAUUAGUAUUUUCCUGUUUUAAACUUCAAUACAAAGUUUUGUUACAUAAUAUGUAAUUGUAAUAUGUAAUUAAUCUGCCAUGUUCAUUUACAUGUAAUGGAAUCAAAUGUUCUUGGAUAUCAAUGGCAUAUGAACGUUUUUAUAAGCUUGUUUGUUACUCUGUUUGUUACUAGAUGUGUAAUGUAUGUAGGUAAUUAUUUUUGUUGUAAAUUAUUAAACAACUGAA